AAGACUUCCUGUGAAGCUGCGGUUACAAGUGGAAAAUGUCACUGGGCACUUAGAUGAAAAGAGAGGGGCGUGAAAGAGGAGACAGAAGGAUGAGCGUGAGUGACGGAGAGAGAGAGAGAGAGAGAGAGAGAGAGAGAGAGAGAGAGAGAGAGAGAGAGAGAGAGAGAGGUACCAGUAAAAAGACUGAGGGACACAAAGACGCAGCACAAGAGGAAAUCUGAAUUAGUCCAGAGCAGGAGGCAGUAAUGCGUUUCCUCCCAGCGAGCACCUGCUGCCUUCACUGACCCACGACACAGUGGCUGCGACGGCCAUGGAGCUGCCGUGCUCCUUAUUCCUGCUGCUGCUUCAGGUCUCGGCCCGCGCCGCUCACUCACACAAAGGCCCUCGAGGACUCUCCUGUCUGAAUGACUUCGUCAGCACCGUCAGCUGUACGUGGGACGGGAACCCACCGCCGCCGGCUCCUGGUGUGGACUGCUGGGUCACUGGUAGGAAGACCACCUGGAAGUUAAUGGAGAGAAGAACCCAGAUAGUGAUCACGCGAAGCUGCAAGCUGAGGCUCCAUGGCUCCACUCCAGGCUGCAGCUUCGCCUUUGAAAACGAGUUCAACAAGAUGGAGUCCAUGCCCAACAUCAGCAUGGAGUGUAACGGCACCACGGUGGACGCCAUCCUGCACUAUAAGCCCCUCCAUCACAUCAGGCUGAAUCCUCCAGGUCUCCCCACCGUCAACAAGUCCACCAAUUACACCAGGAUAGAGUGGAGCCCUGGCAGUCCUCUGUCCGUGUACAUCGACAUCCAGAACUUCGAAGUGCAGGUCGCACAGGAAGAGCAGAUGUGGAAGGAGGCCAAGACUUUGUUCACGGAACACCGGAUGAUAGAAGUGCCCUCGGCCCAAAUGCCGGGCAGGUGGCAGGUCCGGGUCCGGGUCCGCUACCCGAGGAGCCAGAACGGCCAGUGGAGCAGCUGGAGUCCGGCUGCGUCCUGGAUGGGGGCGGACGCGGACGAGCCCCGGGUCCAAGACCGGUUCUGGGUGAAGUGGGGACUUCUGCUCAGCGCCGGCCUUGUGGUUUUACCGCUGAUCAUUUACGGGGGCUGCGCAGUCGUCAGCUUCAGGCGUCUCAAAGGAAAUCCUGUUCCAAGUCCGUCCAAAUACUUCCACAGUCUCCACUCUGUGCACAAAGGAAACCUAAAGAAAUGGCUCAACCCCCUGUCAGCGUCUGACUCUUUCUUCACGGCCGAGGCUCUGGAUCCCAUCUCUCCGGUGGAGGUGUGUGAGAGCUGGCACGUGCCCCCCCCCACCUCCCCCUCCUCCAGCUCCACCAGCGCCCUGCUUCAUUUCCAGAGUUACUCGGACUCGGACACCAGCGGCGUUGGCGACAACUUCUCCUCCUCCUCCUCCUCCGUCUUCUAUAACCUGGGCUACUUCCGGUCCCCCUCGUCCGGCAGCUCGGCCCGCACCGACCCCAGUGCUGCCUACUUCACCUAUGAAGAUGAUUUGCACACUUUUCAUAACGGUCGCAACCUUCACGUCUCACUCUGCCCCACGUCCGCCGCUCCUCCAGCAUAUGAGGUCCUGAAAUGGCAGCUGCAGACCCCAGACUCUGGAUUCGGGAUGGGACCGGAUGAGGAAGAGGACAAGAGCGAUGGAAGAAGCGUGGGUGUGGGAGCUGUAGGGACAGAGGCUUCUGCUGAUCCAGCUGUUUGGAACCCCCCUCCUCCGCCGCCUGCUCUCCCCCUUCCUCACCCCCCCGUUCUCGCUCACAAACCCUCCGACCUGCAGGCGGCGGCGGCUGAUGGCGGCUGUGCAGCCUGGCCUGUGUCUGGUAUGUGCAGGUCGUCCUCGAUGCCCGUGGAGCCCUGUAAAACAGGCUACCUCACCCUCAAAGAGCUGCAGACCACGUUCAGCAACAAAUCCAUCUGAAAAGCCGAGCGGCGCUGCAGCGCACGCUUGGACCAGGACCUGUACACGAACGCAGCUCUCAGACGCGCAGAUCUGUAUUAACCACGUGAUCCACUGUCGUUUCCCAGCUGAUGCAUAUAUUGAAGUAUUGAGUGGCUCUUCAAAAACACUUUCAUAUUUUUUUCUGAAAACAGCUGCUUGCUCCAUGGGCAGAACAGAAGCUAACGGAGGCUCAGAGCUGCAUAGAAGUGAAGGAAGUGCAACGCUGGGCGAUCGCUCUCUUGACAUUUCUUUCCCUGAACAAUAACUUUAAUAACUGUCAUUGGUCUAUUUGUGUUCACUGGAUCAGCUGUGUCGUUGUCUUUUAUAUCUUAAUCAGUAAGUUUAGAUAGAAAGAGAUAGAUUUAGCAUUAAAAAAAAACUGACAAAAAUCUGUAGCUGACGCCGGGACAGGACCAGGCUUCUCCUUAUUUACUCACUUGCUGGACGUAUAGAAACAGCAUGAACGCACUGGAAAAGACAUUACUCUAAACGUACGCUCGCCUCUCAACACUGUCCAACAAGCUUUGAAAAUCUUUAUUUCUGCAGGCAGAUCAAGGAUUUUGAUGAUGAAAAGUCAUAAUUUAACACAUUUAUCGCUCGCACUCUAAGAGGACGGCCUGAUGGUUGGACCUUUUCAUUUCUGAUGAUGAAUGAAGCCCAUAAAUUCAGUUUGGGCUGCUUGUUGUAGAGCGAUAUAGACCAAUGAGGUCAGUGAUAAGUGUCGCUACUCCUGUCUGUACAUGCAGGUUGUUUCCGCUGUAUUUAGUGACAUCUGUGCAGAGGCCAAUCAAAAUAAAAGCUCUGGCAGAAAUGG